AUGAACGUGAACGGUGCCAGUCCUCCAAAGCUCCAGAAGCUCAAUUCUCAGCUUUUUCUGCUUGAACCUGGGGGACACGUCCCGGAUUCUUCACCAAACCCUGCAGUUGUACUUGUUUUCAGUUGGAUGGAUGCAAGUCUGAAGAAUGUCCAAAAGUAUAGCGACAAGCUAGCCUCUCUAUUCCCAACCUCGAAGAUCAUCUUGAGCAUGAUGACGUCGGACUUCUAUUGGGCGUCUCAACGUUCUAGGGAGGAAUCGAUACGACCCAUACUCUCUGUCCUUCGUUGGGAACAUGAACAUGGUACUCUUCGUCGAGGAAUCUUCCUCCACAUGAUGUCCAACGCCGGAGGCAUCCAGCUUGCCGUUCUUCGCAAACUACUCGCUCAAUCCCCCUUAACCCUGGAUUACCACCCACCCGUCGCCCUCUCACUCGACUCCCUGCCAGGAGACAACGGUCUCGAGUCCGCCCUACUCUCCUUCGCACCCCAAAAUCCUAUCUUCCGCUUCCUAUCCUUGCCAUUCCUCACCACCCUCUACGGCAUCUUCUACGCCUUCAGCCGUUUGCGCGGCGACCGCCCACUCUUCGCAGAGAUACGCGAGGCCGUUGCGGCUGCUGACACCCUGCCAUCCAUCACCGAGGCUCCUGUUCCCGGCACCACGAGCUCUGUGCCGAGAUUGUAUGUGUACUCAGAGGCAGAUAGAGUGGUGUUGGCGAAGCAUGUCAAACGGGCCAUCGAAGAGGCGAUCGAGAAAGGCUAUGAUGUGCGCGUGGAGAGGUUUGAGAAGAGCGCUCACGUCGCACAUGCGAGAGCAGAUCCGGAGAGAUACUGGAAGGCUGUGGAGGAACUUUGGGUACGGGCUACACGGGAGAGUGACGGAAAACGCGAUGUGCGGUUGUAA